AUGAAUCCAAUCUAUCACCGAAAAGCAAUACAACAUGUUGCAAGACCAUCUAUACUACGACAAGGAGCACGAUACUUCAGCAACACUAGCCGAGCACAAGCAGAUUUCACACACGCAGUCAUUGGUGGUGGAGCAGUGGGGCUAGCAAUCGCCCGCCGCCUGCAACAACACUCUCCUUCAGCCUCCACAGUCCUGAUCGAGCAGCACAAAGGCGUGGGCACGGAGACCAGCAGUCGCAACAGCGAAGUCAUUCACGCAGGAAUCUACUACGGCCACGGCUCGCUAAAGACAAAGUUAUGUGUGCAAGGCAAGGAGAUGUUGUAUGAGCUUUGCGCCAAACACGAUAUCCCAUACAGAAACUGUGGCAAGUGGGUUGUUGCACAGGAUGCCACCCAAGCCGAAGCAAUCGAAAAAGUGCAUAGCUUUGCGAGUAGUAUUGGUGUGCCUACGCGGUUCUUGAGUAAAGAAGAGGCGCAGCGCAGAGAACCCGAUGUUCAGGCCAAAGCUGCAGUAUUAGAAUCACCCACAACGGGUAUCCUCGACAGCCACGCCUACAUGACGUUUCUCCACGGCAGUUUCGAAGACGCUGGUGGCGACACAGCUCUGAGCGCAAAAGUAACACGCAUAGAAUCACCCACUCAAGCAUCACCGGACUGGAAAAUUUACACGGCAGACCCUCAAGACAGCACUGCGGAAACCGAACCCAUAACUGCAGAGAUCGUCAUCAACUCUGCAGGCCUAUAUGCCUGCGAAAUCAGCAACAUGAUCUUGCCAAAGGAGAGACACAUGCAACCUUUCUACGCAAAAGGAAACUACUUCUCCUACGCAGCUGGCCAUCCCAAACCAAGCGUCUUGGUCUAUCCAGCUCCCGUGCCCGGUCAAGGCGGUCUAGGCACCCAUCUAACGCUAGACAUGGCAGGACGAGUCCGUUUCGGCCCCGACGUCGAGUGGGUAGACAGUCCCAGCGACUACACACCCACAUCUGACCCCGCGCGCUUCCGUGCCGCAAUUGCAGAUAUUAAAAAGUACCUACCAGGCAUCGAUGAGUCUGCCGUUGCGCUUGAUUAUGCGGGCAUAAGACCAAAGCUAGGCAAGUUGGGUGCUGUAGGUGCGGGAAAGGGCUUCCAAGACUUUUAUAUCAAGAAAGAGGAGGGCUAUAAUGGAUUCGUGAAUUUGUUGGGUAUCGAGAGUCCCGGGCUGACAAGUAGUUUGGCGAUCGCCGAGGAGGUUUAUCGAUUGCUGUAUCGAUGA